AAAUCGCUUGGUAAGAUGUCUUGGUUAUUUCAUCGAUGGUUAGUUGUAUGUGGUGUGUCAUUGCUGGUGAUAAAAGGUUGUCGUUGUUUUUUUCUCAGACACACCAGUUCUGGAAAGUGUAUUGCAGCUGAAACGAACUCUUUUUGGAGUAAUGAUUUUGCACAUCGAUAUUGGACUGUGCUGUCUGAUUGCUUGAAUGUUGCUGCGCAACUACAAUAUUGGCCAAAUUCAGAAGCGGUGCAUAACAUGGCGUGGAAGGGGACGCUUAUGUUUCUCGAUGGUAGUGAAUACAAACAACGCUUGAUCAUUUAUGACGCCAUAAAAGUUCCAUAUUUUGAACAGGAUGCUCAACAUAGAAUGAAACAAAGAGAUGCUGGACCUUUAUUUUUUUACAGUAGCUAUAUUAACUCGUGUGCUCAACCUGAUGCCAAUCAGAAAUAUAUCAUGCGGAAAAAGUAUGGAUGCGACGACACAGAAAAACAACAAAAGUUCACAUUCGGUUCAGUGACGCAGUACGGCGACAAAAUGAAAGAUGUUCAUUGUUCUCGAAUACAACGUAUGGUGAUCCACAAAGCUCAUUAUGGUGAUUUCAAUAAUGGGGGGAUAUUUGAUGCCAAUGCAGCUUUUGAUGCGCAGUGUAGUGGACAAGCCAGUUGUGAAGUGAAAUUUCUUUGUGGUGGAAAAAGAUCUUGUGAACUGACCGUUGACAAUAAUUUACUGUCAUCACAAUAUUGUUCUAACACAACAAAAGAACUUUUUAUCGAAUACACUUGUGUGAACAACUACAAUAUUAACCCCAUAACAACAGAGUCAAACAUAAGACUAUCAAAGUCACCCAACGAAGGUUUCAUUGAAGUGAAGAAUAAUGACCGAAGGUGGAGAAAAGUUAUUGAGGAGAAUUGGGAUAAAAAUCGUCAAAAAAUGUUGUGUGAACACUUGGGAUUUAACGAAACGGGCGCUAAUACUAUUAGAAACAUGGAGAUAGCUGCAAAUGAAGAAAUUGCAUCUGGAGAUUUGGUGUGUUAUAACAGAGGAUCCAAUGGAACAUCCUGUUGUGUCCAUCUUGUUCCCUUUACAACGACUUCAAAUGUUAAUAUAUCAUAUGUUAAGUGUAAGAUGUGCGAUAAACCAGCGUUACUCCAAGAUGAAACUACUUUUGCAGACUCUGUGUUUUCUGGUAGUGGCUCUUCUGGUUAUAGCAAUGCAAGAUUUACCAAAGAUGGAUGGUGUACCCAGACACCACAAGCACAUUAUCUUUUGAUUGAUCUUUUGAAAGACUAUCACAUCACACAAGUCGUGACAAUGGGUAACAAAAAUCAGACAAAGUGGAGUGAUCAAUAUAUAAUGACAUACAGCCACGAUAACAGUUUUAGCAACAGCGCACAGAUCACUGGAAACCAAAACGGCUAUGAAGCCUCGAUAACGGUUCUCAAUGUUUACAACGUGAGACAUAUCAAAAUACAAUCGAAUGGAACAAAUGAUUUUUGUCUGAGAAUAGAACUCUGUGGAAAAGUCCAAACGCCUGCUCCUGUACAGGAUAUUAAAGUUACACCUUCGAAUACCUCGGCAGAUGUCACAUGGAAGAUACCAGAACCUAAGAACUCAAGUUACAUAACGAACUACAAUAUUUUCAUCAACGGAAAACUUCAAGAAAGAAUAUCCAGAGAGAGAUAUGGCAAUAAAUUUACUAUUCGUGGACUUAAACCAUACACUGAUUAUAAAGUUGAGAUUGAGACAGAAGAUGGGUCAGGAGAGAAAGGUGGUAAGGUUUCUGAAGAUUUCAAAACCAAGGAAGCAGUUCCUAGUGGUCCUCCACAAAAUGUGAUGUUUACAUCCCGGAGUAAAAACGUACUAAAAUUGUCAUGGCAACCUCCUGAAGUAAAUCUGCAUAAUGGAAUACUGACAGGCUAUUUAGUUUGUUAUUCCUCCCAAACAAUUUCAACUAGUCCGAAAUGCAAUGAAACAAACACGACAUUGACUUUCACCAUGGAUGAUCUUCAACCAUCUACAAGGUACUUUGUAACUGUUGCGGCUGGUACAAGUGUUGGUUUUGGCAACAAAAGUGCGGAAAUCAAUAAAACGACAAAUGGAGAUCCUGUAGAACCUGUUGCAGCUUCUUCAUCCACCCUACGAAUAAACAUUCUCAAACCAGACAAAUAUAUUCAAGAAGUAAUGAUCAUCGUGAAUACUGCUGAGAACGUCCUUAAACCGGUGGAAGAAAUUAAAACAAGCGAUCUUAAACCUUAUCAGUCAAACACUCAAGAUGCUUACAUCACUGACUAUUUGAAAACUGAUGUUCUCCCUUCAUCGUUUGUAAUCGGUCAUGGCAAAGAAUAUAAAUAUAAAAACAUGAUCUACGUUAACCAACCUCUUCAACCAAACACAAGUUACAACGUGUUCUUGAGAUUCUUUGAAAGCCAGGAUUCGUUCUACUCAACAGAAUGGAGCAAAAGUGUCAAAACUUUGGCAACUCCACCAGCUCCAGUCAUCUCAAAAAUCACGCCUACUAGUCAUAAUGAGUACAAUAUUUCAUGGUAUCAACCUUCGUUGCCUUAUCAGCAAACUGUCCUGAAGUAUCAUGUAAACUACAGUGCUUCGAGUGAACCAACGAAACGAUCGACUGUCCCGAAAGAAAAUAAUUCUAUCAUUAUUGUUGUCGAUUAUGAUAAACAAUACACUAUUAACGUACGGGUUGAAACUGAGGCUGGAAAAAGUCUGGCAACUUCGAAAUCAUGGUUGUCUUUUUCAAAGCCCUUGGAGCCCCCAAAGGAAACGGAAGACGGUUACACAGUGAUAUUACGAAAACCAAAACAGAAAAAUAUAAGAAUGGUCGCUCUUGUAUUGCUUCUGUCAGACUCCAGUGAACCUCCAGCACCAGAAUCCAUCAAGAUAAAAAGUUCAAUUCCUUCAGAAAUGAAGACCGGGGACGCUUUUAUUGCUAAGGAGUUUAAUAUUAGUGAUUUCAAAGGUGAUGAGAUAGAUAUACUCCUUAGAAAGUUUAAGGAAAACAGAAGAAGAAAAAGAGAAGCUGUUCAGGUUGAUGCAUUGAAACCGGACAAAAAAUAUAGAACAACACAAAUGAAUACAGAUGAGUCUGGGAAUCGCACCUGGUCAUACUGGAGUGAAGAAUUUGUGGUUCCCGUAGUUCCUAGUGGACCGCCGCUGAAUGUCGCCUUCAUAUCUCGUAGCAAGACCUCGCUGCGAAUUUCGUGGAAAGCUCCAGUUGAAAGUACACGAAAAAGUAAAUUGACAGGAUAUCGAGUUUGUUUCUCUACAAAUGAUACGUCUCCAGAAUGCCUGAUCCUUAAAAGCACUAAAGUUUUUCAUCUUACUCUCAAUGAUCUUCGACCUUCCACGAAAUACUUCGUAACAGUUUCGGCCAGCACAGAACACGGUUACGGAGAGAAGAGUCCGGAAGUCAGUAAAAUAACCAAUGGAGGGCCAGUCGUCAAUCUAAUCGCAGCCUCAUUUUAUACUUUGACUAUAAACAUACCAAAACAACAAGAAUAUAUCAAAGAAGUUAUGGUCAUCGUGCAAAGUUCUGCGAAUGAUCAAGUUUCAAGCGAAGACAUCAAAACAAGUGAUCUCAAAAAUUUCCAGUCAAACACACGGGAUCCAUACAUCACUGCUUAUUUGAAAGCUGAUGUUUUACCCUUGACGUUCGUAAUAGGAGAUGGCAAGAGUUACAGUUCUGAAGAAGAAAAUUACCACAACCAACCUUUAACGGCAAAUUCAAAUUAUGUCGUGUUCUUAAGGUUUUUUGAAAGUCAAAAUUCAUACUACUCGACAGAGUGGAGUGAUAGUAUUUACACAAUGGCAAAACAUUCAGCAAAACAUUCAGAAUUAGAGAAUGCGGAUAACUCUAUACGUUUCUUCAUACCGAUCAUUAUUCUGGCAUUGUACUUUUUGCUCUCACUUGGCGUAAUCAUAUACCAGCGUCGCCUUCUUCAAAAUAGAAAAAACGAGUUCGAUGGCAAUAAAGAACCUAAGAUUGGCAACAAAUAUGUGAAUGAAGGGAACUCUGUAUAUGAGACUCCAGAUGAUGUUAUUGAAAAAAUUGAGCAAACUGAGGGUGCACGUGCGAUGGCCAAAGGACAGGAAUCAUCGGAUUACAUGUCGUUAAAAGACAAAAAAGAACCAGCAAACGUUUAUCAGGCAUUUCAUCCCCACGGCACGAAUGAUGGUCAAAGUCAUUCUAAGGUGGGUGGUCAAAAUUCUGUGGAAUACCAAAAUCCUGUCUUUAGCGCAGAUCCCAAUGCUGCAUGAUUAAUGUUUGAAAUAUAUAUAUCAUAUAUACCUUUUCCGCUAGAUGUAAGUUUUUUAGUAAUAUAUAUAAUUUAAUGGAUGCCGGGUUAAGUAUGAAAGGUCGGCGUUAGAUCAUAUCGAACUAACGUACAUGACGUCAUAAAAUUUUCAAUAACCCUAACCCUAACCAUAAUUAAGGUAAAGCCAGAGAUACUAUUACAUAAGUAUAUGAUCACUCCUAUACUGGGUAUGAGGGUAACAGACAUUUACACUUUCGUGUACAUUUAUAAAUGUAUAAAUGUAUCAUCAUUCAUCGCGAUUUUUAUUUUAUCAUUUUUAUGAACCAGCUCUAGAAAGACUUCAUGUAGGACUUCAGACUUCUGUUAUUAUACUUCCGUUAUUGCAAAAUUUAUGACGUCAUGUACGUUAGUUCGAUAUGAUCUAACGCCGACCAGUAUGAAGGGGUUAUUAAUGAUGCUAGCUAGUUCUAGGCAGUAGCCUAUUAGCUAACGGCUAUACCUAAUAAUAACUCGUAUCGAUUGUGUAACGAACAAUAUAUAUCGUAUAUCGAUAUUUUUAUUGGACUAAAGGAGUCUCUGUGAAUAUAAUAUGUUUCCUUAUAUUAAAAUUAAACACCUAAAGAGUUUUAUCGUUUUUAAUUAUCCUCCAUGCACCCAGAGAAAACGUUAUGAGAUG